AUGGCGACUUCUCAUAAAAGCGAAAAUAGUCUAUUGUUUGAAUGGCUAUCAGAAUAUUGGCACAACCUUCUGUUUCAGCUAGAUGAUGAGCUUGCAAUUAACACGUUUGAGAGCCGUAUGGCAAAGGACGUGACCAUCAAAAUUAAUCAUGAUCACGUCCCCCGCCAAGUAUACUUUGAGUAUAUCACGGGCACUCGUGCUGCCCAUGACCUGACCCUCAUCAGCCAAAAGCAGCUUAAAGUGUGGGAAGCUCCUGGAGGGGGUGGCUCCAUUGCUUAUGAAGGGGAACUUAUGUAUAAUGAUAAGAAGACUGGAGAAAAGCAAACCGGCUCUGUUGUUAUGAUUGCAGAUAUACGCAAGGGAGACGACGGCAAUUUUACAAUUGUGCAAUCUACAGAGAUCGCCACUCGA